AUGCCCACAUCCUGUGUAGUUUAUAAGCGGUGCACUUGCCAGAAGUGCAUCAAAAAUGGUGGUCGUACUGAGGAUGGUUUACCUAAGGGGGUGCUCAUUGCAGAGUGUCUCAUGGCAGCUCAUCUCCAGUGUACCCAACGUGCACAAGCCAAAUGUGUUGCACUCACUCAUAUGGAUGGCUCUACUCCUGUACAUGGCCCUGAGCCAGAGCAACCCAAUCCUACUUCACCAUCUAUUCCAACUCUAGCAGAUGAUCUUGAGCAACUCAUGUUGUCAGAUCCUUCUGUUGCACAACCCAGUGGCACAUGUGCUCAUGCACCUGAACAUCCAGAAUGCCCCAACACCACACCAGUAUCUAUCCCAGCUCUGGUAGAUGGUCUUGAACAACUUACUUUGUCUGCCACUUUGUUGCACAAGACACCCAAAGGUGCAAAAAUCACUGGACCAAGGGAAAAUUGGCGGACCAUGAAGGACUUGAAAGUUCUCAAUAAUAUUGAGUUGCGCAUUCAACAGUGCCUUCACUCAUUACUUGCUGGUAAUUCUGAUGACAUUCAUUGUGAGUUACCUUUGCUUCACACAGCUGUGGAGCAAGUGAAAUGA